AUGUCUAGACAUCGUCUUUUACGACCAGAAAUCUUUGAACCUUCACAAUUUCGAAUAAGAGCAUCUAAAAAAGAUAAACAAGACUCUAAUAAUUACAAAAAUAAUUACCCAAGACAUUUAUUUAAUUCAAGUCAAUUUAUUAUAUCACAAGAUAAUAAUAAAUAUCAAAAUACUUUUAAUACUCAAGAUUAUAAACAAGAAAAUGAACUUGGACAAAAAAAUUAUGA